AGGAGCAGCGCAGCAUUUCAGUUGGACGACAAUGGCCGUGUGCUUGGGGUCGUCCGCGAGUCCUCUUCUUCAGUUUCGCACCAACUAAUUGAAGAGCUCAUGGUAUUGGCGAAUCACGUGGUGGCAGAGUCCCUGCUCAAAGCGGGAAUUUCAGAUGGACAGGGCGAGGUGGCCUCAGAAGCGGCGGUGCAACGUCCACUGCUGCGCUGUCAUCCAGAUACCGAAGAGGAGGUGAAAAAGGCCUUGGUGGAGAUUUUGCCGCAGGAGUUGCAGCAUCGGGCUUCAGUGGAUCAACCUCUACAAGCUCUACUGCUGUGGUGCAGUCAAGAACUUCCACCGAUCAAGUACGAGGCUGUGUGUGACACCGUGCUGAAGUCCUUCAAGGAAGCCAAUUACAUGGUGGCCGAAGGCACGGAGGAGGACGUGGAGCAUUGGGCGUUGUCCUUACCUUCGUACAUGCAUUUCACAUCUCCAAUUCGUCGCUACGCGGAUGUCUUGGUCCAUCGAAGGUUGGCUCAUAUUCUCGACAUUGACACCAAUACUGAGAAGCCUAUGGUGCAAAGUCAUCAGGCUUUUCUGGAUACGCUGAAGAAUGCCGUCGAUGUGUGCAAUACGAAGAAACGCGAUGCGCAAGAUGCGCAAAUGGAGGAGAUCCAAAUUGUCCUCUCUGACUAUGUGCACCGAAGUGGAGGAAUCGAAGUGGAUGAUGCAGUCAUUACUCGAAUCCUGGUGUCCGAUGCCCGAGUAGACCAUGUGCCUGGAGAUGAAAGUCAACAUGAGCCGCAGAGCCGAGAGAGUCGAGAGACCAGCGAAAAGGUGAGGUGCGAAACGAUGUCGUCGUACUUUGGCCACUUGGACUCCUCAAUCGAUGAUGACCUUGAAGAGAGGCUUCACAACUGGAUUGAGAAGAGCCGGGCACCUGAGGACACUUCCGCUGACUCGCUGGAAGAACUUCAUAAGAAGAUAAAAUGGGUUCGUAGCAGCAUUUCGCAUCAUACUGCGCGCUUGGGUGGGCCGUGGUUGCCCCCCACCUUGCCUUUCCUAUUGACAUUUGAUCCUCGCACAAGGAUCUUCGCCAUUUCUUUUGCUAACCUCCUCUGCAUCGACAUCGACGAAAAGGACGGCUGCGACAAGACGACGGCGGCCGAAGUGGUGGAGCGCUACGCCAAAAGCCACGGCCUCACGUUUCGUCUGCUGGAAACAGAUCGAGGGAUGCACGCCUAUUGCACUUCAAGGAC